AUGACCUUGAAUGGGACCGUAAACAUUCGACAAAUUGGGUAUACCAUAUUACAUAUUUCUCAGUUCAACGAGCAUUAUAUCCUACCGCUGCCAGAUGUCCAAGUUCGGGGGCUACUAUCAGCUUGCUUCUACCCCGAGAUUGUUGGUUGCUAUCGCAUUGUCUCUAACAGUGGUUAUAUAUCUGAGAUCAAGUUCUCAGGAGUUGGCCUGAUGCGUGGAAAGAAAAACCAUUUUGAGGCCUUUGUAUACCACAAAAGUGAUCCAAAAAGACGCAUCUAUGCCCUAUCAGGAGUUUGGAGUGAAGGAUGGGUGACAAAAGAUGGGCGAACUGGUCAAGUGCUAAAGACAUGCAUGGUGGACGCCCCCGAGCAUGAGCCGACUGCCAUGCAGGUUGAGCUAGUGGAGGACCAAGAUCCUUGGGAGUCUCGUCGGGCUUGGAGAGAUGUCAUCGAGAACCUGAGAAAUGGAAACAUCCGAGCAGCCGCCACUGCCAAGCAUGUUUUGGAGGAAGCGCAAAGACAUAUGCGUAAAGAAGAAGCGAUUCGGGGUGAGAAUUGGAACCCCUUAGUCUUUAGGAGCCUCCAUAGAGACUCCCAUCAGGUCUUUCAUCAUUUGACCAAGGAUUUGGAGUGGAAUCUUGCGGAUGCCCAGACCAAGGGGGUAUGGAGAAUCAAUGAUCAGCUUCUAGAUGAGAUCCGGAAGCCCUACCAUAGGAAGUGCGCACCAUAG